AUGAACCUGCCUGCGAUUUAUAGGUCCGGAUUCAAGUGUUCAAAAUGCAACAAGUCAUUCACCAGCAAAGAUGUCUUCUUGGAUCUCACUGUCACCUCAGGAAUGAAAGAGUACAGUGAACUCAAGCCUGCUAGAACUGAGCUGUUCAGGAGCCCGCUCGUCUCCUUUCUUUACGAGAGGGGGUGGCGUCAGAACUUCAAUCGCAGUGGCUUCCCUGGCCGCGAUGAAGAGUUCCAAAUGGCUCAAGAUUAUUUCCAAUCAGUCGCUGGUGGUAUACUCGUUGAUGUCAGCUGUGGCAGUGGCUUGUUUUCAAGGAAGUUUGCAAGCUCUGGGGCAUAUUCAACUGUGAUUGCUUUGGACUUUUCUGAGAAUAUGCUCCGCCAAUGCUAUGACUACAUCAAACAAGAAGAAACCCCUAUGAACACAAACCUCGCACUUGUAAGGGCUGAUAUUUCAAGGCUCCCUUUUGCUUCAUGUUCAAUUGAUGCCAUUCAUGCUGGAGCCGCUAUCCACUGUUGGCCAUCCCCUUCAAAUGCGAUAGCUGAAAUCAGCCGUGUGCUGAAGGCCGGUGGUGUAUUUGUAGCGACAACCUUCUUAUCCACCCCCACGAACAGCGGCCCGUUCUCUAUUGACGCACUAAGGCCACUGAGACAGAUUGUUGGGACAGUGAACAGCAGCUACAACUUCUUCACCGAAGGAGAGCUGGAAGACCUGUGCACAUCCUGUGGCCUGAUCAACUACAGCAGCAAGGUGCAGAGGUCAUUCAUCAUGUUCUCCGGGCAAAAGCCAUAG